AGGCCACCACCCACAACAUGUUAGGUCAAUCUGAGGGAAUUCUUGGUGCGCAUGCAUUACUUUCAGAGUGAUUGAUCAUCUAUCUGGAGUCCUUAUAAUUUAAUGAAUCUGUUUUAAGGUAGGCAUUAUCUUUUAAAAGUGGACCUUGUUGAAAGCUUCCUCCUGUUUUUGCAGUUUUUCAUUUCCUGUCUAAAACCACACAGCUACAUGGCCGUCACUAAAGAGGAACUUUUCUCAAGCGGCCUGAAGUUGUUUUUUUCCUAUGGUCAUUUCCUCAAAACUAUGUUAGCAACACCCACAAGCUGAAUGCAGGCAACAGCUAGGCAACCGCAAAGUCGCUCAAGGCUUUACAAAUUUCUUAUUGUUCAACACCAAUGGUGGAUUCUGUAGUUUCUAAAAAUACAUGAGGUAUUUCUUGUAUACAUGAAGCUGUGCAGGUUACACAAAUGCAGGGAAAAGUUAGACUAGUAGAAAUGAAAGUCAGCAAUGAUGUGUAUGCAUGACAGUAAGAAAUAUACAGUUGCUAAACCAAACAGACGCAAUGAUAAAAUAUGACAUGCAAUUGGGCUAACUCAAAUUAAGGUUAAACAUUUAUGUUUUUGUCAACCUUCAAAAAGAGCAAAAUUAUGAACUCAAAUAUUUUUGGUGGAACUUGUGUUUCAACUGCAAUGCACUGCCUGUCUACAACCACAAAUCAAGAUCUGAGGCUGGGGUAAUGUUUCACACUUUUACAGAAGCUUUGUUACAUGCAUUCCCAUUCAGCUUUUCUGAUACUUAAUACAUUCAUGGUUUAUAAAGUCACAUCGAAAAUAAUGUUGUUUCACAUGAGGGUACUGGAGGACUAGUUUCCAUGGCUGGAGUCUGGGGGUCCAUGGUUCAUCACAUGACUCAUGACACCCCUCCCUCCUUUCCAGGGUUAGAACUCACAUAUGGUUUUAGUCUCUUGUAAAAAUGUGUCUGUCCUUUUAAGAACCCUCAAUCCAAACAGUAGACCUAACUGACUUGCUGACUGACUAGCUUGCUAAAUGGCUGCAACAUCUCAGCUCCUUCUGCUUCUCUGUACUGUUUCACUUGAGGUCAUCCUGCAGCCAGUGGACAGUGCAGACGCCCCCAUUCUCGCUGUCAAGGGGGGCUCGGUCCAGCUGGACGUCCAGGCCAGCCUCAAGGGCAUGGACAUCGAGUACAUCUUCUGGAGGUUUAACCUCACACACAGCGUGUUGCGCUACAGCAACGAGUCCAAAAACCCUCUGAAGGUCUACCAGGAGUACGAGAACCGGGUGGACCUGAACCCCAAGACCUACACUCUGGUUCUGAAGAACCUGCAGGAGACGGACAACGGGAUCUACAGUGCCAAGAUAACAGACCACCGUGGGUACGAGAAGGACGUGGCUAAGCAUGAGCUGCACGUUCACGAGGCAGUCCCAGACCUGGAGUUCACCAUGCUGCUCAUCUACUUCAACUCCACCGAGGGCUACUGCAACGUGUCAGUGACCUGUGCGGCCGGGGACAGCUCCGUGGCCUACACCUGCGACCCGGGCGGCUGCACCCAGGACCUGGCGGUCCUCGUCACGCCGCAGCUGCUGCUGGGCGUCACCGGGGCCGGCGGCACGGUGGUGUGCAACGGCAGCAACCUGGUCAGCGCCAGGAGCCGGUGGGGCCGCAUGAGUGACGUCUGCACUGAGGAGCUGGUCUCCUCUCCCAUGUCUCUGCUGGGGCCCACUGUGAUCCUGGUGGACAUCCUCACUGCCCUCCUCCUCAUCUACCUCCUUCUCUACUGCCUGGUCAUCAGACCUAAACACACAGGAGUAUUCACCACCACAAAGAAAAUGAAAAUGAAAUGUGCCUCCAUCGAGUUGCUGCACGUGAAUGAGUUUGAGGAAGUGUUGAAGGACCCCUCCCUCCCUGACUAUCUGAGAGGAGCAGCCAUCUAUAGCAUAUCACGAGGCAGGAAGCCCCCUCUGCCUCGCCUGGGACACCCCAUACCAGACCACACAGACACCUACACACUGGCCAGACUAUAGACCCCAGGAAUGUCUCACUAGAUCAGUGGGAGUCUGAAAGACAGACUGAGGUGUAGUAAGACCUCUUGGCCACAAGAAGGCAGGUUUGCCAAAACUAAAAUAGAAGUUGAAGCCAGAAAAAUGCAGAAUCGCAUCUUAUUGGGGAUAGAAAAAGAAGCUGUUGAGUGUUUACAUAUGACUCACUGCGCUGUCUUGGUCAAUCCUUGUUCAACUUCGUAAUAUCAGACUUUAAAUCUGGGUUAAGAUGAGAAGAAACUUCAAGAUAAAAGCUUGUUAAAAUGCACUUUAUACAUGUAUUCUAUUUAUUUUUUGUAAAAUGGAUGCUUUGGCCUGUCUGCCCUUUUCUUCUUGCCAUUUUAAUUAAAACUAUUUCCUCUGGCAGGUUUAUUUACAGGUUUCUUCCCUCCUUUACUGGAUUUGCAGUGUACGAAAAAGUUGAGGUGCUGGAUCCCUAUAACCAAUCAUUUUGUUGACAUGUUGCAUUGUAUUAUUGAAAUGUUUUUUUGCAACUUUGGUUAACACAUUUAGGAUGUCAAUUGUUUGUCAACAAUAGUAUUUCAUGAAUUGUUGAGGACGUCACCCAUUCUACAGUAAUCCAUGGUUUUACCAGAAGAAACUUUAGUUUGUUUGGUCGCAGUGGGUGACAAAAGUUAGCAUUUUAGUAUUUUAUUGAUUCUAUGUGUAUCUGGGUGUCAACCUGCCCCCACCUCUCCUAUGUUAAAAUCUGGAGUUGCUGGACAAGGUCUCAACAUGAUAGAUCUCACACCCCAUUCUGUAACUUACAGUUGAUGAGAAAGGGUCAAGAAGUGGUCUGAUUGGUUGUUCUUGUGCAUAAAAUGAGUGGUGAAGAAUUGUUAUGUGGAUUCUUCAUCUCCUGAGACCUUCUCCUUAGUUUUGGUUGUUCGGACAAUAUUUAACCCCCUACAUAUGGGAGCAGUGGUGCUACAAUAAAUAAAACAGUACUUAAUUUCAAUUGUAGCUGCAAAACUAAUCAUGAAUAUCUGAUCACAUUAACACACCAAUAAAACGGUGUUCUAAAAGAUGUCUAAAAGUCUCAAAUUAG